AUGGUUCAAACAAAGCGGCCACUGAUCUGUCGUGACUGUGCUGUCGAGAAGAAGAAGAAGAAGAAGAAGAAGAAGAAGAAGAAGAAGAAGAAGAAGAAGAAGAAGAAGAAGAAGAAGAAGAGCCGCAUGGUGGCAGAAAAGUGUCAACAGGAUCGAGGCGAAGCGUAUAGUCCAACCCGCUCUUUCGGCCAAUAG